AUGGUCACCCUAUCAGCUGCCGAAGCUUCCAAUGCCAAGAUCGCCACCAGUCUUCCAAUUGGAAUGGUAGCAGUCUUUGUCGGUGGUACCAGCGGCAUAGGUGAAUAUACCCUCAAGAACUUCGCUCAGAAUGCCAAGAACCCCAGAAUAUAUCUCGCUGGCCGGUCCCAAGACGCGGCGAACCGCAUUAUUUCCGAAUGCACCAAGCUCAACCCGGAUGGACAGUACAUCUUCAUUCAGUCCGAUGUCAGUCUUCUGAAAAAUGUCCUUCCUGUAUGCGAGCAAAUUCUAUCCAAAGAAAAGUGCAUCAACCUCUUGUUUCAGACCCAAGGAGGUCUGGGAGUAGAGAAGACGUCGGAAGGGCUUUCCCGGGCUUACGUGCUCCCAUUCACCUCCCGCAUUCUCUUUGUGCUCGGCCUCCUGCCCGCUCUUCAAAAAGCCUCAGGGCUCAAGAGAGUUGUUUCCGUCUUCGCAGCUGGCUACGAAGGCCACUUUGACGAAAACUAUUGGUCUGAAUAUGUAACCAAACAGCCCAUGAAGUCUCGUGGACAUUUAGCGGCCAUGAUCACCAUGGCGCACAACGUGCUGGCCAGGAAGGCCCCCGAUUACUUGGGCCCUUGUUUCUAA